GCUAUGAGACGUCAUUACGCAGUGACAACAGUGACAGUGGUCAGUCAGCGGCUCUAUAUCGGAAUUUGAGCGCUUUAGAGAAGUGGAGGAGAAGAAUAACAUCUGCGAUUCUGAAGCUUCAUCAUUCCUCACUUUAUUUCUAUUGAAAGAGGAGAAUCAUUUACAUAACAGCCGUACAUGAUGGCGGUGUUGGGCAGCGCGUGCCGGCUCGUGCAACUGGUCAGACGCAGCCCGUCGGGUUUAUCCACGAGUGUGUUUCACAGACGACAGUCGACGGCCACAGCAGCUGCAUUUGCCAGUUCACCCACUCCAGAGUCUCAGGAGAACAGGAAACCCAAAACAGGGAUAUUGAUGUUAAACAUGGGCGGCCCAGAGAAACUUGAAGAUGUGCAUGAUUUUCUCUUACGGCUCUUCAUGGACACAGACCUCAUGCAACUUCCCAUUCAAAAUAAACUGGGCCCAUUCAUAGCCAAACGCCGCACACCGAAGAUCCAAGAGCAAUACAGCAAGAUCGGAGGAGGAUCUCCUAUCAAAGCCUGGACCACCAUGCAGGGUGAAGGGAUGGUGAAGCUCUUGGAUGAGAUGUGUCCAGAAACCGCUCCUCAUAAGUUCUACAUAGGUUUUCGGUAUGUUAAUCCUCUGACUGAAGAGGCCAUACAACAGAUGGAGAAAGAUGGAAUAGAUCGAGCUGUCGCCUUUACACAAUAUCCACAAUACAGCUGCUCCACAACAGGCAGCAGUCUGAAUGCCAUCUACAGAUACUACAGUAAUCGUGGCGACAGGCCAAAGAUGCGUUGGAGUGUGAUUGACAGGUGGCCGACACACCCUCUGCUGAUCGAGUGUUUUGCUGAACAUGUUCGUAAUGAACUGGAGAAGUUUCCUCCGGAGAAGCGAGAUGAUGUGGUGAUUUUGUUUUCCGCUCACUCUCUGCCCCUGUCUGUGGUGAACAGAGGCGAUCCGUAUCCUCAGGAAGUUGGAGCUACGGUUCAAAGGGUGAUGGAUCGACUGGGUCACUGUAAUCCAUACCGACUCGUCUGGCAGUCAAGGGUGGGGCCGAUGGCGUGGCUGGGGCCGCAGACCGAUGAGGUCAUCAAGGGUCUGUGUCAGCGCGGGAAAAAAAACCUUCUUCUGGUGCCCAUCGCCUUCACCAGCGAUCACAUCGAAACGCUGCACGAACUCGACAUUGAGUAUUCGCAGAUCCUCGGAGAGGAGUGUGGAGUGGAGAACAUCAGGAGAGCCGAAUCUCUGAAUGGAAAUCCACUGUUUUUCAGGGCACUGGCUGAUCUGGUUCAGUCUCAUCUAAAGUCUAAUGAGCCGUGUUCCCGUCAGCUCACGUUGCGCUGUCCGCUCUGUGUAAACCCCACCUGUGGUCAGACCAAAGCCUUCUUUGCCAACCAGAAACUCUGACCUUUGACCUGACAUCACUUCAGACCUGCACGCUCUCCUCUCUCAUUGGUUCGAAGCUGGAUGGGUUCAAUAUGAUUUACGUUUGAUGUAACCAACUGGGUGUCUGCGGGCAGGGUGUAAGGGGUAUAUAAACAUUUAAGCACUGCUGUUAUUGAGCCGAGCGUACAUUCCUUCAUAAAUGAAAACAGAGGUCAACGUGGAAUUAACAAACGUUUAUCUCGGAGUGGAAACGGCAAAGGUGCUAAAAUGUGAUGGCCAGUUUUAAAGGGACAGUUCACAAAAUAUAAUAAGCAUUAAUGCAUUCUGAGGCUGUCAAGCUUCGUAGUCAUAAACGUAUUCAUAAAACUCGUGUGCUAUAUUCAAAGCCCACUGAUGUGAAACGAUCUACCACCACUUCCCUUAUGCUGCGUAUACACCAAACUCAAAGCGUUUCAUUCCUCGCUCUAGAUUAUUUGCGGGAUUAAUCUUAUUUUCAUAUAUUUUCAAUUUGCUCAAAGACAUAUACGAGGCAAACAACCCGUGUUCUGGUGAAAUUUGCGCCGUCGCAUCAUUCACCCUGCUUCUAUUUGUGUCUUUGCAUUGACUUUCUAUGUAAUCUACUCAUGCAAAACGUUGCAUUCGCGGCUGGUGUGUACGCCCCAUAAGAAUUAAUUUAAAUACUGAUAGCCUGUAGAUUUGUACUUUUACGGUACUUUUUGUCCUUUGUGCAGCACUAUAACCAGAAAAGGUUAAUAGAGUUUCAGAUGAACCGUUCCUUUAAAAGAAACCCCAGCACAGCCACACCGUCUCUCAUCUGAAAGCCCACCAGAAGCUUCUUUGACCUCUCUGUGAUCUCCAGUCAGAGGGUCAGACGUGCCUGUUUCACAAUGCUAUGCUGAACAUUGUCUUCGUGUUCAGCGCCUUCAUGACCUCGUGCCUUCUUUCAGCUGCGCUUCAGUGAUCUGAUGAACACUCACGCUUGUGAGAUGUGAUGUGUUGCUUUAGAUAACAGAAGCACGACAUAAAGCACUUCUGUACUUUGUGUUGCCGUGUUUAAAUAUCUUGAGUUUCUUUUGCCAAGACAGAAAUGUUACAUUGUCUUCCAUUUGCUUUAGUUUAGUUUCUCUCAAUUUGUGACCCUGUCUGUGAAGUCUCAUAAUCUAAUGAUAUGAUUUGAAGCCUCAAAGUUUGAUUAUAUUUUCUUUUCAAGAUAAUUUUAUGUAGAAAUCACAAAAAAUGACUUCACAGACAUGGUCACAUGUUAUUUCAAAGUAAUUAUAUUUAUAAACUGAAUUUAUUGGCAAAAUGUGCUUGAUUAUCAUUAUAGUGUUCUCAAGAGGGAUACAGGCCUCCAGUUUUUAUCAUUUUGGGGUGAAAUGUGAGCUGGAUGUAUUUGUGAUGGAUUUCAUGAGACUCACACACAGCUCAUGCUAUUGUUGAUUAAAUGCAGAAAGAUUGGCUGGCCUGGACCCAAUAACCCACCUGCAUUCAGUGUGUGUGUGAUGCUCUGGAGGCAGUGUGAGUCUCCUGGUAAUUGAAAAGUGGAACGCUGGCUGCACUGGUUUUGUGACCUCUAAUUGAGAGAGAGCAUUGAUUUCUAGGGAGAGAGAGAGAUGGGGGGAUGGUGCAGAAAAGAGAAAUGAAGGAGUGAGUGAUUUAGCUGGUGUAGAGACUGAUCAGGUGGGCGAUUGGAAUGGACAGAUUUGGUGGAGGAUAGAGAGAAGAUUACAUUUCUUCUCUGCAGGCCUAAAAUGUUUUUGGGUCAUUCUACGAAACAGAAGAAAUCUCAGGAGAAAAUCAUACUGUAAGGCUUCUGUUUUCUAAAAUGAGCCUUUUAAUGAAUUGAUUAGUUGGUUAUGUUUUAUUAGAUUAUAUGACGUGACUUCCACCACAGCUGAUUCUGGAUAUCGCUGCAGAAACGCACAACAUCUAUCAAACCCCCACACACUGCUGUUCGGUGCCCUUCGUUCUCUUAUGCAAAUUGAGAUAUUAUUAUUUUUUUGAUUUGGGGUAAACUAUGCACUCUUACAAAAUAAAGGUUCUUAAAAGGUUUCUCACACCGAUGCCACAGAAGAACCUUUUUUUGGUUCCUCAAAGAACCAUUCAGUCAAAAGAACCAUUUCUAUCUUACCUUUUUAUAAUCUGAAGAACCUUUCUUCACUGCAAAGAAAUUGGUGAAACCGAAUGGUCAAAUAUGGCUUUGUGAAGCACUUUUAUUUUAAGAGUGUAGCCUGGUAGUUUCACCCUUAUAUAAACCUGUUCAUAUUAAUCAAUGAAUGCUUUUAUUUGGAUAUGUUCUGCCUUAUGCAUCUUACUGCUUUAUCGUUUAGUCUUAGAUGUAUCACACUGACUACAGAUCCGUUUCUAGUCUAACACUGAAAUGAAAACGUGAACGUUCAGAAUGAUUAUUUUAUUAAGAGAAACUACUGCAUCAUCUGAACCAUUGAGAUACUGAUGAAGUGAAAAUAAAUUGUAAUGCUUCCAACAGAGAGUUGUCUAAAACAUCGGCCUCAAUGUUCCUCACUGGAGAUAUCUGCAGGUUUAACAAAACAAGCUACUUAGUCGAAAUAACAGCACAAUUUUUAAUGUACCUGUUGUGAAUGAUUUCUAUGAUCAUGUUUGAGUUGCUGAUAUGACGUUUCUAAGACUGAUAGCUUUCUGUGUCUGUAAACAUGUUCAUUCUGCACUGUAAAGAAAAUACAGCAUUUUUGUCAAAUCAACAUAGUUUUUUAAGUUAACGUAACAUAAAAAUAUAAGUUAAACUUAUCACAGGUCCAAACUUAAGAUAGUGGGUUGAAUUGACUUGCAAAACAAUUGAACUUUAUGCUGCAUUUUUUUGCAGUGUUUGUAUUGUAGUUACACUGAGGGCAGAGUUAACUGAAACUUGUACAUAUCUAAACUGGGCAGAGGCAUAACAUCUGUGUUUAUUGCAAAUAAAUUGAUUUGUUUAAGCUUAA